AUGCUUGGCAUCCUCGACAAGGGCCAGACCCGGCCGGCAUCACUUGGUUCUUACACCAUGCUGGCGCCGAGGGGACUCUCCCGACGCUCCGUCGUCAUCCUCGCCCUCUUUGCCAGCUUCAUCGUCGGUCUCUUCUUCGCUUCGAGUCGCCUGGGCGCUCUGUGCGAAGAUGGCAGCUAUUGCGACAUCUCCAGCUUCCGCCAGCACCUGUCUCUUGGAGGCUCUGGCAAGUCGGCCUCUCCUGGCGUUGGGUCCACGGUUGACCCUGGCGAGUGUGACCAUUUUCCGGAUACGUCCAAUGUCCUGCUCGUGAUGAAGACGGGCGCGUCAGAGUCGUACGGCAAGCUCCCUAACCAGGUCAUGACCAACCUGCAAUGCGUCUCCGACUAUCUUUUCUUCGGCGACAUGGCCCAGGAGGUCGCCGGGCACAUCGUUCACGACAGCCUCGACACCGUUAUUCCCGACGUCAAGAAGAAGAAUAAAGAUUUUAGCCUAUAUCACCGUCAGCAACAGUGUCCGACCGACCUCGACUCGUGCAACAAGAACCACAAUAUCGGCCAGGAAGCCUGGAGCCUAGACAAGUACAAGAACAUCCACAUGGCUGAGAAGGCCUACGCCAUGCGGCCCAAUCACGACUGGUAUCUCUUCGUGGACGCUGAUACCUACGUGGUCUGGCCGACUAUGAUGGAAUGGCUGAGCAAACUCAGUCCUAAAGAACCAUAUUACCUUGGCAGCGUCGCCUAUUAUUCCAAUUUUCCGUUUGGCCACGGCGGGAGUGGAUAUCUAGUGUCGCAGGCUGCCAUGCACAAGCUCUUCCAUGACAAGAACGGCGUUGCCAACCGGUGGGACGAGCGUGCAACGCAUGAGUGCUGCGGCGAUUACAUGUUUUCGUUGGCUCUGCACACCGAAACGGGUGUCUCCGUGCAGAAUGCGUGGCCGACGAUAAACGGCGAGAAGCCGCACACGCUGCCGUACGCCGAUAACGAGUGGUGCCAGCCCAUCGUGACCAUGCACCAUGCGAGCGCGCAAGAUGUGUCCGACAUAUACGCGUUCGAGAAGGGGCGCAACUUUAGCUACCCGCUGCGGAUCAAGGACCUUUACCACGAAUUCGUCGAGAACCAGCUCGUGGUGUCACGAAAGGACUGGAAUAAUCUGAGCGAUGAUGUCUUCUACCUCAACAGAUCGGCGUCGGCGUAUAGCGACUGGGAACUCGGCAAGGCUAAGAAAGUGGGCUUGACGGCGCUGGAGGCGGAUGCGCACCGGAGCUUCGAAGACUGCCGCAAAGCUUGCGACGGCGCAAGCGACUGUCUGCAGUACCGGUUCUGGAAUGGCAUCUGUUCCUUCGGCAAGACCAUCAAGCAUGGCAACCCAACAAAGUUGGAGUCGGAGUCGUGGUGGCGGUUCCAGAGCGGGUGGAACAUCAAGAAGAUCAAGGAGUGGGUGGCGACACACGACACGUGCGGCCCCGUCAGCUAUCCCAUCCGGUCAUGA